AUGGUCGAGGGUCCAAAUAAACUGCGACAAAUAAUUAUAUUUUUAUUUUAUAAUGAAAUGUGUCCACAUUGUAACGAAAAAAUAAAGACUGUUGACUGCAUGGCAACUCAGCACGAGAGAAUGUUGGCACACGAUUAUGUGCAAAACAUGACGACGCAUUGA